AUGAUGACAUCUGCUUAUUGGGUGGCCGAGAGGGCCAUAAGUGUGAAUUUGCACUGUGUUGCCGAUGUAUUGGUUGAUGGAUACUUGAAAUAUGAUGUCUCCGUUAAGUUACUUGAUUUAUUAUUGUGGGUUUACUCGAAAAAAUCUGAUCUUAAGCAUUGUUUAGUUGUUUUUGAUAAGAUGGUGAGGAGUAGGUUUUUGCCAGAUGUGAAGAAUUGUAACAGAAUUCUUAGGAUACUUAGGGAUAGAAAUUUGGUUGGGAACGCUAGAGAAGUGUAUGGGAUGAUGGGGGAUAUUGGGAUCAAGUCUACUAUUGUAACCUACAACACGAUGUUGGAUUUAUUUUGUAAAAAAGGUGAAGUGCAGCAUGCAGUUGACCUUUUGCUGGAGAUGCAGAGGAGGGAUUUCCGUCCGAAUGAUGUUACAUAUAAUGUGCUGAUUAAUGGGCUGUCAAAGAAAGGUGAGUUUGAUAAGGCCAAAGAGCUGAUUGGGGAGAUGUUGAAUAAAGGGUUGAAGGUUUCAGCUUAUACGUAUAACCCCCUUAUAUGUGGUUAUUGUCAGAAGGGAAUGCUUAUUGAGGCACUAGGGCUUAGGGAAGAGAUGGAAGUUAGAGGAGCCUUGCCGUCUAUAUCGACUUACAAUGCAUUUAUACAUGGCUUCUGCAAGCUAGGGAGAGUGAGUGAUGCCAGGCAGUGGAUUCCUGUGAUGCUGAAGAAGAGCUUGGUGCCUGAUGUAGUUACAUACAACACUCUGAUAAAUGGACACUGUCAGUUGGGGGAUAUUACUGAGGCUUUGUUCUUGUUGUUUGAGAUGAGGAGAAGGAAUGUCAACCCUACUUUGGUUACCUUUAAUACAAUGAUGGAUGGACUGUGCAAACAUGGGGAUUUAGAUGGUGCUUUGCGUCUGAAAGAUGAAAUGACCGAUUAUGGCAUUUUUCCUGAUGCUUUUAGCUAUACAAUUCUCAUAGAAGGCUCUUAUAAGGCAGGAAACUUACUGAUGGCAAAGAAAGUAUUUGAUGAGAUGGUGAGCAAAGGGGUGGAGCCUGACCGGCUUGCAUGCACAACUUGCAUUACAGGUGCUGUCAAUUUUUACUUAGUGUUUUGGACCAUUUUUCGCAGGUCGUUGUCAAGUCUAUUUCGUGGGACCCUACAUAUAGAAUCAAGAGAGUUUUCCCUUGGAAACCAGAUUUGGAGAACUAAGGCUCCCAAGAAGGUAAAGAUUUUGCAGUUCAUUAGAGUACUCAGGCUGGGGAAAGGAAAGAGAAUCUAUGCGAAUUGUUUUCAGCUUUUCAAGCUAGUCGAAGAUAAACCACUUGCAGAUUUUGAAGAACAGGAAUAUGUUUCAUCCACGCCUGAAACCUAUCUUGAUGCCUGA